AUGAGUUUCUACAGAACGAUAACCUCUAUCAAUAGACAGCAGCAGCUCAGAGGGUUUUCCACCACCGUGUUCCGUCAAUCACACAUUGGGUCGGCGCCGAUUUACCUCACUCCGGACAUCAGUUGUAAAGUGGAAUCAAUUGACAAUCCUAGAAUUGUCUUGAAAGGACGCAAGUCUAUCACGUUAUCCCAGAACAUCAAGAUCGGGGGGCCAAGAGGGGAACUUGGUUUUAUUGUCCCAGAUUUCGUCAACGUGAACAUCAAUGGCCCAACGGCAGAAAACAACAAUAUUGGCAAGAUUCAAGUAUCCGUCAACAAUACCGACGAUAGAAUCCAGCGGUCCAUGUGGGGAACAGUGUCCGCAACAUUGAGAAACAAUAUCACCGGGGUCACUGAGGGUCAUUUGGCGAUUUUGAAAUUGGUGGGGACCGGUUACAGAGCCACCAUCAUUGAUAGUGUUGCUAACCCUGGUAAAAAACACGUUUCGUUGAAAGUUGGGGCCUCCGACAACCAAGGUUUAGAUGUUCCUGAUGGAUUGACGGUGUCUAGUCCAGUGCCAACCAGAGUGGUGAUUGAAGGGAUCAGCAAGCAACAAGUCAAGUUGUUCGCAGCUAAUUUGAGAAAAUUCCGUCCUCCUGAACCAUAUAAGGGUAAAGGUAUUUUCGUCGAUAAUGAAACUAUCAAGAUCAAGGAUAAGAAGAUCAAAUGA